AUGCAGGUGGUGACCGGCGCCAUGGGCAGCCUGCUCCCCAAGCUGGGGCAGCUGCUCAUGGAGGAGUACAACCUGCAGAAGAACGCCAAGAAAGGCGUCGAAUCUCUCAUCGAAGAGAUGAAGAGCAUGGACGCUGCACUCUGCAAGGUGGCAGAGGUGCCGCGCCACCAGCUCGACGAGCAAGUCAAGCUCUAG